CCCCCCACCUCUAUAGACUUAGUGUGUGUACGGUAGUACUAUACAAGCAGGGAGGGUCUAAAGCAGUUGCAUCUUGCACGGUGGCCCGUCAGUAUCCACGUCGCCGUCGACAGGAUCGCACACGCUCACAACCUUAUCCUUUUUUUUUUCCCGCAGCCUAGAAAUAGAUCCUUGGUCGUCGUUUUGAUUCAAAGUCGAUGAUUUCCCUGGUGUACUUGCUACCGUCGAUGAAAUCAGUUGCAGAUUAUUACUACCUGGCCGUGUCCAGCGCGUCCUUUUGAAACAAUUUGAUUUGUCCUGUUUUUAUAGCGAAGAGAAACUCAAUUUUUUUAUCAAUGUGUCUUGAUUUGAUUUACCUACAAAAAUGUGGAUGGGCUCGUCCGAUUUGAAAAAGAACAGUGGAAUUCCAUCCAGGUGUAUUUAAACGAGAGACAGCACAGCAGACGCUUGGUUUUCUGUUUUAUUAUUCUUCUUCUUUUGUUUCUUGAUUAUCCGGCUGUCUGUCACACUCUAGUAGACAUCCCCCCCCCCCUUCGUGCCGUCGUAUAUGUGUGUGCGUCGGGAGAGCAGUAGACGUGAGCACGUGUGAUUUUUCCCGCGUGAUCGUGCCGUAUCUUUUUAGCCUCUGCUGCGAGCUCCGUACCCCCCCAACCGACCAUGAAAUCUCUGACAGCCUUCGUCUGUUUCGUCGUUUUGCCAGCAGGAUCACUGGGUAGCUGGGAAGAAUGGUGGACUUACGACGGCAUAUCAGGUCCUUCGUUUUGGGGCCUGAUCAAUCCGCAGUGGAUGCUGUGCAACAAAGGCAGGAGGCAGUCGCCUAUCGAUAUCGAGCCGGCCAAGAUGCUCUACGAUCCCAACCUGCGGCCUCUCAGCGUCGACAAGCACAAGGUCUCUGGAGUCCUGCACAACACGGGCCAGUCGCUCGUCUUCCGUCCAGAAACCGGGCCCAAACAUUCGCUGGCCGUCAACGUUUCCGCCGGACCCUUGGCCUACCGCUACCAAAUCGAGGAGGUUUUUCUCCACUACGGCACGGAUAAUUCGCACGGCUCCGAGCAUCGCAUCCAAGGCAGCGCAUUUCCGGCGGAGAUCCAAUUUUACGGUUACAACGCGGAAUUGUACGCCAAUGCGUCAGAGGCCCGGCACAAAUCGCAAGGUCUUGUCGCCAUCGCCGUUAUGGUUCAGAUUGGCGAGACUCCAAAUCCGGAAUUGCGUUCAUUAUCGUCGCUCUUCGGUCAAGUCAUCUAUCGAGGUCAAUCGGCCGACUUGCGGCAUGUGUCCCUUCACGCUCUCCUGCCGGAGACGGACCACUAUAUGACAUACGAGGGUUCCACCACACACCCGGGCUGCUGGGAAACGACUUCUUGGAUUAUUUACAACAAACCCAUUUACAUCACACGCCAGGAGUUGUACGCCCUUCGUCGUUUGGUACAAGGGGACAGUGAAACGCCCAAAGGCGCACUGGGCAACAACGUUCGGGCGCUCCAGCCGCUCCAUCACCGCACCGUCAGAACCAACAUCGAUUUCACCAAUUCCAUGGAACGAGGCUGCGUCACGAUGAAAACGGACAUGUCGUACAAGGCCAAUUCGUGGAACAUCGCCACAACGUGAUCCAAUUUGAUCAAAAACCGCCAGACGUUCUAAAAAAAAAAAAUCUUUUCCUUGAUAUUCUCCAAAAUAUCGUCACUUUUUUUUUUUUUGCGGAAUUGAAAGAAAGAAAAGUCGGAUAUUAUUAUUUUAAAUAAUAUUAUAUUACAAAUCAAAGGAGGGGGGAAAAAUUAAAUUGUAAAAUGUUGAAUUCUUUUUCCUAGUUUUUUUUUCAGUACCUGCUACUACCGUUUUUAUUUUUUCCUUUUAAUUAUUUCAGUGGGAAUCGAUCAUGUCUGCAAUAAAAUCCGGUGACGUCUUAACAUAUUAUACAUUUCCCCUUCUUUUCUCCUCCACCCUUUCUCUGUCGCUAUAUAAAGGAAACAAAACAAAACCUUUAUUUGUGUUAACUGUGUGCACACACUUUUCCUACCCUUUUUUUUCUUCUCUAAUUCUGUUUGUACAUACAUACAUACAAUAAACACACUCACUCACUUUCA